AUGCAGCAUAAGCCUGCAGACGGUCAGUCCAGGGGAGCUCGGCGGUCCGUGUUUGUUUCGUGUAAACGGUGUCGGUUUUAGAGGAAAUCUCUUUUCAUUCUUGAUUUACCUGUGUUUUAAGGUUUUACACAUUUUAAUGCAAGUGUUACUUGCAGAGUAAGAAGACAAAGAUGACGUCUAAAAUCAAAGUUGGAAAGGUCGGCUCGAAGAGUAAAGAGGAUGCUCCGUACGAAUUGGAGAGUCAGUUUGUCCUGAGGCUACCCACGGAAUAUGCCUCGACAGUGAGGAGGAUUGCUCAGUCCAGCAGCAUGAACCUGAAAGAUAGACUCACCAUCGAGUUGCACUCGGAUGGUCGGCAUGGCAUCGUGAGAGUAGACCGCGUCCCAUUGGCCUGUAAGCUGGUAGAUCUGCCAUGUAUCCUUGAGUCUCUGAAAACGGUGGACAAGAAAACUUUUUACAAAACAGCUGAUGUCUGUCAGAUGCUGGUAUGUACACUAGAUGGAGAUCUUUACCCUCCUUUAGAGGAGCCUACGGGAAGCACUGACCCCAAGAGCAAGAAGAAGGACAAAGACAAGGACAAGAAGUUCAUCUGGAACCACGGCAUCACCUGCCCUCUGAAGAACACACGCAAGAGGAGAUUUCGGAAGACUGCGAAAAAGAAGUACAUUGAAUCUCCUGAUGUGGAAAAGGAGGUGAAGAGAUUGCUGAGCACAGACGCCGAGGCUGUCAGUGUUCGGUGGGAGGUAAUAGCAGAGGAUGAAACCAAGGAGGCAGACCAGCAUGGCUCCCUGGCCAACCUGGACUCCUCACCUGGUACCUCAGGACACAAGAUGGGCCACGGGUCCUCAGCCCAACGAGAUGAGCUGAGGGAGAUCUUCAAUGACAUCAGCAGCAGCAGCGAGGAUGAGGAAGACGAAGGGGACCGCCACGAAGACGAGGACCUGAAUAUUAUGGACACAGAGGAUGAUCUGGUCAGACAGCUCCAAGACAAACUCAACGAAUCGGACUCUACACACCAUGAAACUGACAGAAACAGCCAGAUAGUAAUGGAGUAUCAGGUGCAGAUCAACAGUGUCAAGGCAAAGCUUCAGGAAACCCGCGCCCGAAAGAAACAGCAGGAGGAACUCAUCAUGAAAGUAGAAAAUCAGGCCCUGAAGAACCGCUUCCAAGCUUUGUUGAACGAGAUUAUUCAGCAGGAGGAGCGGGAGAUGGAGCAGCUGGCCUCGCUUCAGGAGCAGCUGGACUCACUGAUUGAGAAGUGACCACCAGGGGGCAGCCUCACGUCGUCUUCGUCCACAGGCUCAAAGGAAGAGCAGAAACUUCUGCACCACCACCACCACCACCACCGGGGGAGGAGGGAGUCCUGAUUAGCUGACAUGCUGUGUCAUUCCUAGCACUGUUUGUCAAACAGUACACGAAGAGUUUAUUACUUUCUGUAUUAAAGUUAAUAUUUUCUUUUUGAGUUGACAGAAUUCACUUUAUGUUGUCAGUGACUGUAUGAUUAAACCUUUUUCUUGGCUUGAAUGCAAA